CUUUCAAUGAGUUCCUUUCCUUUUGAAAUCACGUGAUAUGUAUGACGUAUUCGGGAGUCGGACACAUGAGAAGCCGCCAUUGUUAACUUUUUUAGAGUGCGUGGACAUUCAUUUUUUAUUAUAGUAUUUGUGUUUGUUAACCAUAAUCGAAGUUAAAGGACUGCUGUCUAACCUCUUCAGUAGUGAUAGGAAUUUUUAUUUGUGUAUAGCUUCAACGAUCGAAAAAAUUUUCUGUUCCAUUGGGGAAUGUCUGCUAGCGUUGAUCAGCGCAUGAAAGGACAAGGCAAUUCGGUUGCAAAUGGACCUAAAGAUAUGGUAAAGGAUGAAGAAUUUGAAUCUUGGAGAAACCAACCUCAUCAGACUUACAAUCCACCCAUGUCAUCCUCUAACUUGCCAGAUCCUUACAUGCCUAGUUACUAUGCAUCUAUGUCAUAUUCUUUUGUAAAUCAAGGACUAGGAGAUGGAGCCUGGAGUAAUGGAGGUGAUCCUAUGACAUUUCUCAGUGGAUAUGGAGGGCAAAUGGGAAGUGGAGACCAGUCCCAUUACAUGGAUGGAAUGUUCUCACAAAAUACCUUUAGUGGCUAUAAUCAGAGCUUCAAUUAUUUCCCUAGUGGUGGCGGUGGUGGUGACUAUUCAACAUGGGGCAACUCUGCCAUGGGCACGAGGAAGACUGGUCAUGGAACCUAUCCUGAAGAUUAUUAUAGAGAUACAUAUGACCAGACUCUGGAUAGGAACGCUUUGAAACAUAUAGAACAGGGUAUGGGUGGACUGUCUAUUCCUGAUCAUAAAAAUGAUUCUCAGUUUGUUAAAGACCCAUAUGGUAAACCUGGUAUGUUACAUGGCAGUAUAAUGACAGACCAUCAAAUGGGAAAGAAAUUUGGAACUGGUGCAACUGAUAAUAUGGUUAUGACUGGCACACCUGGUGUUUCUGGACAGCCUGUUGGUUCUAAAAAAAUAACAUGGGCUUCUGUGGCAAGCCAGCCUGCUAAGCCUCAAGCUAAAGUAAAACCUAAACCUGUUAAUCCUACUGCUAUCCUAGCUAGCGGUAAUAAGCAUAAUACAUCUAGUAUGGAUAUUGGAACUUGGGAAAGUAAAAAUGGCAGUGGUGGGGGAAAUGGAACUGGUGGUGGCAAAAUGGGUCCGCCUACUGCAUUACAAUCUCGUUCGACUUCUAAUUGGAAUGCACCUCGGGGAAAUAGAAGUAAUGGACCCUCUGGACCUGGAUAUAAUUCACCACCUCAACAGCAGCAGCAACAACAACCAAUUGCUGUUGCUCAGAACAAUGCAUCUGGAGACAAUUAUCCCCAGCAUCCUGUGUUAGAUAAAUUAAGAAUGGAAAACAAUUAUAAUCCUAAAGAAUUUGAUUUAAAUCCUAAGAAUGUUAGAUUUUUUAUAAUUAAGUCCUAUUCCGAAGAUGACAUUCAUCGGUCAAUUAAAUACUCUAUUUGGUGUUCUACAGAACAUGGAAAUAAACGGCUGGACCAAGCUUUCCGAGAAGCCAAAGGACUGGUGUAUUUGUUCUAUAGUGUGAAUGGAUCAGGGCAUUUUUGCGGCAUGGCACAGAUGGUGUCGCCCGUGGAUUAUGGUAGUACUGCAAAUGUCUGGGCUCAGGACAAGUGGAAAGGGCAAUUUAAAGUGAAAUGGAUAUAUGUGAAGGACGUUCCAAAUUCUCAGUUGCGUCAUAUUCGUCUUGAGAACAAUGAAAAUAAGCCUGUCACUAAUUCUAGAGACACACAAGAAGUGCCUCCUGAAAAAGGCAAACAAGUAUUGAAAAUAAUGCAUACUUUUCGACAUACUACUUCAAUAUUUGAUGAUUUUUUGCAUUAUGAAAAACGUCAAGAAGAAGAUGAACAACGUAAAACACAGUAAUAACAUAAUGCAUUUUGUGGAUGCGAGGAACUUUUUAUCAAGUCAAGACCCUCAGGGGAAGAAAUUUAGUGUUCAGCACUCUAGUGUCUGUGGCCUGCGUCCAUCGUUCCUCAGCUAAACUUUCUUGUGACUCAAAAAAUAAGAAAUCAAGCCUCUUAUCAAGCUACAUAGUUAUUAAUCGUCAUUUGCUGUGACUUAUUCAUUCUAGUUCCUCGAAAACUUUAGUAAACUCCUUGCUUCUCUCUUAUCACCUUGAAAUACCUUUUAAGCCUGCCCUUCUCUAUAGGAAAAACAAAAUUUGAUACUUCUUCAGCACUCUCCCCUCUGUGGAAAGAAAAAGGAACAGCUGUUGAAAAUGAAUAUUGUGCUAAUUGAAACGCGGAAAUUUCCCCUGCAGUUUCUUCAAGAUUUGGAACGCUUUAACCUUGCGUAACGACAUUGGACGUAAACAACUCUUUUUUGCACAUGGAAAAAAAAAACUUGGCAUUUAUUUGUUUAUCAGCACUUUAAGUAAGAAAAACAAAAACUCCAAUUAGUAAAAAAAAAAAAAAAUCAAUGAGCGGACUUCAGUGUGGACCUAGUUUAAACUCCCAAACUAUUUACAAAAUAAAAAAAACUCUAAAAAAUUGACUAAAAACUGAAAUAAAUGUUUGUGACGGUCUCUUAAAAUGUGAAAUGAAUGGGGGAAAAAUUGACCGUCCAAGUUGAUUGGACUUUUAUUAUAAUUACACUGCAGGAAUGAACAAUAAAGGACGGUAUUCGUAUGUGUUUUGCUCUGUCAUCUGCCUAAAAAAAUUAUUUUAGUGUCAUCCCUUACAAUAGGUUACGUUUCUUUUAUUGGAAAAAUCUAUGAAGAAAUCUAUUAAAUUGAAUCCCUCUCCUCCUUCCUGUUGAAGAAAAUGUUCCACGGGGAAUAAAGUGGUGAAUUUCAUUCUAAGUGCAAUCAUACAGUGUUUUAAUGGGCAUGGCAAACAGCAUUGUUCUAGGCAAGUGCCUGUUUUUAUUUCUAAUACAAGCAAUCUUAUAAACAAUUUUAUGAAAUUUAUUAAACAAAAAAACUCACAAAUAUAGUAAAUUUUAGAAUGUAAAAAAAUAUAGACAUAUUACUUUAUUGCCUUGUAAAAUUUGCUUGUGUUUUGUAAAAAGAAAGUGAUAUCAAAAGCAUGCACGCUAUGUUGUAGAACUUAUUUAAUUCCCUAUUUGUAAAUUGUCUUAACAAUUUUAUGACAAAUUCAUCGCCUGCCAGUAACUUUGUUUAUUAAUUAAUGUAUAUUACAUGUAUAGAUAUAAUUGAGAUAUAUAAGCUAAAUGAAUUGUACAGAAAUAGAAGUAUAUACUUUUUUCUUUUCAAACCACUGAUGAAAUCCUGAAAGUAUCUUUAAAAUCAUUUUUAUUUCUGUAUGUUCAAAUGACGAGUUUAUGAGAAUCAAUGUUUUAGAAUCGUUUUAAGUGAUGUCACAGAAUUUCUUUCCUGUUCCUCUCAUUCGCUUAGCAUAUUUAAAAGUAUAAAAUAUCUAUUUCAAUAUAUUCAUUUUUAGUUUUUUUUGCUUUAAUCUUUUUGUAUUAUGAAGUUAAAUGAUUUUUUUUAAAUAUAUAUGCAAUUUUAUUAAAAUAUUCAAAACAUGGCUUUGUGAGCCUUGAGUAAUCAUUGAAGUUAUUAUGAUUUUUGAGUAAUUAAAAAUUGUUAUCAAAUUGUUAUGUGUUUAUUUAUAUCAGUUAAGCUGGAAAUGAAAAGUAAUAUAUCUAUAUUACUGUGCUAACUAUGUUUUAUGGGCAAAGGUAUGCAGAAAACACUUAAUUUCUAGUGAGUGUUAUGUAACUUUAAAUUUAAUACUUGUUAUGUUUUUUCAUUCAAGAGAAUAUUUAUUUUUUAAAACAAUGCUUUUUCGACAAUGGGAGUUUUCUCUUUUGACUUAUAAAAUUUUUCUUGUUAAAAAGUAUUAUAAAAGACAUUACCUCUGUGUUUUCUGCUGAAAAUGCUAUAUAGUAUGAAUCUUAACAAUGACAGAAUGUUUUUACACUUGGUAGCUGUCUGAGAUUCGUUACCAAAUGUAAAAACACUGUUAUGCUUUAUAUUUAAUCCUAGUAUGGGUAAAGGUUUUGAUGUUUUUGAAUGUACGCUUUUCCUAAUGCAUACUGGUUAUGUGCUUUUUCUCUUUAAUGAAUUAUCUGAUUGUAGCAUUAUGCUUAGUUUGAAUAAUUAUGUUUUUUUUUUUUUCAAUAGAUAAUUUUGAGAAGCAGUAUAUAACACCCAUACAACGUAUAGUUUAAUAAAUUUUGGUAUUGGCUCAUAAAGAAUUACAAUAAUAAAGUUUUCAUUGUAGAUUCACUCUAAUUGUAAUUGUUAUUUUUGUGCCUAUGCCAUGCCAGUAUGUUGUUUCAUAAGGAAGGUUCCUCCAAUUUCCUUUUUAUCAAUUGCCCUUCAUGCAGCCAGUUUAACCAGUGGCGCUUAGCAUAUAUCUUUGGGUAAAAAAUAAAAAAAAAUAAAUGAUGGUAUUAUGGAAAUAAAAAUUUGAUUAGCAGUGUU